GGACAACUACUACUGCACUGUACUUCUUAUUGUACUCCAACUGCUUGUCAACCUCAUUCGAAAGCCAGCAACGAAGCAUCUGCUUUAUGGAACAAUGGACAACGACGCGAUCAAUGACAAUAAAAAUGACACACCUCCCACUUCCAUGAUACCCUGUCCCGACUGCGAACAGUUCAUUCCACAACAAAACCUGGAGUUGCACCGUCUUCGGUCGUGCAGGGCCGGCAGGAGCAAUGGCACCGGCAACGAUCGCGGCCAGGAUCGUGCAAGGACUGCCGCUGCGGUGACAACCCUCCGAACCACAACUAGCAUUGCCGUAGGCGAAGAAAAGCAAGGCGAUCAUUCCGAUUGCAACGAGGAUGCACAAAAAAGGGUCGUUGUGACAGCGAUCGACUCUGCGUCCAGGCGUCACCGGAAAACCCGCCGCGGAAAUACGGACGACAGCAAUUCGAUGGCCCAAUCCCCCCCGGUGUCGCGAGCAGAGGAACGCACCGGUUCUUUGGACCAAAGCAACGAAAUCAUCGACUUGAUGGACGAUUCCGAAUCGUCGUCUAGGGGCUCCGAUUCUCUCGAUCGUCGAAUGGAUGUUUCCUACGGUUCGACUCCCAUGAACGAUCACGGCGAUUCAAUGGCGGUCAAUCUGACUGGCAUCGAUUGGGAAGACCAAGGGGAGGACGAUGGCGACCGCAAGAUGCCGGCCAGGGAUGCCAGCGCGCACGAAGCUCCUAGCGAGGACGAAGCCCUCGAAGACGACGCGGGCGAAAGCCAUCACCACGACAGCGGUGCCGAUCGGAAGCCACCGGCAAUCGAUCCCGGCGACGACGAGAACAGCAGCGAACCCGCCGAAAACGACGCCCGCGACCAAUGGAGCUGUCCGAGAUGCACCCUCUUGAACGAAAACACUUCGCCGGUGUGCGAUGCCUGUGGCUACCACAACCUCGAGAUCGAGAACGCGCUGAUCCGUCGCAACAACUACGAUAUGCUCCAUACUCCAGAGGAACAUCCGCACCAACGACCGCAGCAGCCUCUACCGGCAUCGCCCUCAAGCCCGUCUCACCUUGGGUUGAUUGGCAGUGGAGCGUUGAUUGGUGCUGCCGUGGGAAUGGCGGGGAACUGGUUGCAGGGGCGAGGCACACUCAGCGGUGCCCUCAACGGGGGGUCCACCGGUGCCAUGGGUGGCGUCCUGCUGCGCGAGGUCCUUCUAAGCAACAAUCGAGACAACAACAACAACAACAACAACGGAUCGUUCCCGGUGGCACCGGAAGCAACAAGUACUGGAGCUCAAUGGCCUGUGGGGCCCGGUGCAAGAAACGACGGUGACGAUGAAAUCAUUGACAUUACUUCGCCAAUCAGAAACAGCAACCAACAAUGGAACAGAAACGAGGCGAGUUUCCGUCCCAGAAACGCUGCGGUCACUCGAUCUUCUUUCGCGACGGGACUCGCAAGGUAUCCUGUUGCGGGUGAUGCCACGAGUAGGCAUGGAAUGAGAACCGAGUAUCAAAGAAGAAGUCAAGACCCUGUAAGACACCGUUCGGUGGUGAUCAUCAAUGAUAAUGGCAACCGAGUCAGAGUGGUUACCAGUGGUAACUCUUCGAUUCGUGUAUCGAGACGUGAACACAAUGCAAACACUGCUGGGACGCAUAUUCCUCUCACCUCGGAUACCGCCCAAACGAGGACGAGAGCGCUCCAUAGUUUGCUGGACGAUUGGCAACAAACGGAGAAUUCCAUAAACUCUGUGUCUUCCAUCCGUGGCCUCGAUCGUCAUCGCCACCAACGACAAAACGAGGUUCUAUAUCAAUUACUGAGUAGAAAUCAGAGAGCAGCAGCCGGGAGCAAUCACAUUGAUUUAGACAACGCAAGCUACGAGGAGCUACUGCACAGGUUUGGGGACGGGACGGAAAACCUGGGAGCCCAAGAGAGCGAAAUUCGUCGCUUGCCAGUUCAUGUCGUGGGUGAUGUUCCGUUGCCGGAGGACGCCCGCCAGUGCCUCAUAUGCCUAGAAGAUUUCGAAAAGGGCGAGAUGCGGACGAUACUUCCUUGCCUCCACGGUUUCCAUCAGAACUGCUGCCACAAGUGGUUAAAAACAAACGGUUCCUGUCCAGUUUGCAAGUACCGAAUAUCGUCUUAAUGUGUGUAGAAUGUAAAUAGGGAAGGCACUGUGCAAGAGUGGCCUAUGGGUGGUCGUUUUUGUUGCCUUCCAACAGACGUUCAAUAGAUUCUACCGGAUCAU